CAAUGGCAUUCAAAGUUCCAGUAAUUCCACGGCUGGUACAGCCAUUAAAGCAACCAUCUAAAUUACAGUCAGAAUGUUUGGGCUUACCUUCAAUCAACAUAGAUGCAUUAAAACUGACAAAGACGAUUGGUAGUGGAAAUUUUGGUAAAGUGUCUUUGUACCAUCAUGGAGAAAGCUAUGUUAUCAUGAAAGAGAUGCUUGGUGACAGUGAAGACCACGAGCGCUUGUUUGUGAAGGAAGCCAAACUUCUUAACACAAUAAAACAUCCCAAUAUUGUGCAAUUUAAAGGGAUUGUAAAAUCUGAUGAAAAAACUGCUUUCCUUAUGGAAUAUAUACAUUUUGAUUUAACACCUUUUGGAAAUCCAAAAAAUAUAUCAAAUUUGAAUCAACUGAAAACCAAUUUAGAUGCUAGUGAUUAUGCGGGGUUUGAACACUUUCAAAUUAUAAUUGCAGAAGAUAUAUGCAAAGGAUUGAGUUUUCUUCAUAAAAAUAACAUAGUACAUCGUGAUCUGAAACCUGACAAUGUCCUUGUGUCAAAUCAACAUUGCCUAGGGAAGCAAGACAUAGAUAAAUUUUGGAUGGAAAAGCCUGUGAUUGCAAAAUUAAGCGAUUUCGGAGAGAGUCGGUCACUUCUGGUGCAAACAAAUUCAUUGAUCCACACAAGGACAGACAAUGUCAAUAGAGGUACACCGGUAUAUAUAGCUCCAGAAAUUCACCUUGACAGUACAAAAGCAAAUACUCUUGAUGAACUAAAGUCCAUGGACAUUUGGUCAAUGGCCAUGAUAUUUUACUCGCUCUUAAAUCCAAACACAAGGUAUGUGAAAUCAUUAUAAUAUAUGUGAAUUGAUCUCAAUAAAUAGCAGAUUUCAUUGGAUUCCAUUUAUCUAAAUUGAACAUUUUUCUUUACAAAGGUCUAUAAGAAUUUUCAUAAUGAACACGAA